AUGAAGGAAGCACUGCACUUUCUGCUAAAGACAAACAACUCUAUUGUAAAUUAUUAUGCAUAUUCUCAACUACUGCAGACCUUCAUUUCCAAGAAAGCCCUUUUACAGAGUAAGCAAAUUCACUCUCACACCACUCAUAAAGGAUUUGAAUUUGCCGCAGCCAUAUUUUUUCAAAAUAAGCUUAUCAGCAUGUAUGCAAAGUGCAGUAAUUUGGUAGAGUCUCGUAGAGUAUUUGACGACAUGACAGAACGAGACUCCAUCUCAUGGAAUGUCUUAAUAACAGCUUACAGAAGACAUGGCUUUCCUCGCGAGGCAUUGAAAUUGUUUCACCAAAUGCAACGAACAGGUAUCCAAUCCGAUCAGUACACCUUUUCCAGCAUACUCCCAGCCUGUGCCAAAACAAGAUCUUUGGAAAAAGGUGUGGAAAUACAUCGAAGUAUAAUGGAAAGGGAUUUUUUGUCAGAUGUAGUUGCAAAUGCUCUGGUUGAUAUGUAUGCAAAAUGUGGAAGCAUACGCAAAGCACGGGAACUGUUUGACAAAAUACCCCAAAGAGAUGUGUUCUCAUGGACUGCAAUGAUCGCGGGAUAUACACAAAAUGGUGUUCUUGACGAGGCGCUGAAGCUUUUUGAAGAAAUGCCUCAGAGAAACGUGAUUUCGUGGAAUGCGAUGAUUGCAGGAUAUGUACAAAAUGGGUUUGUGCAUAUGGCCUUGGAAACUUUCAAGCAAAUGCAAUUGGCAGGUGUAGAGCCAGAUGCCACCACCUUUGUUAGCAUCCUCCCAGUCUGUGCCCAGAUGCGAGCUUUACAACAGGGUAUGGCAAUCCAUCAAAGCAUAAUGGAGAAGGGAUUUUUGUUAGAUGUUGUUGCAAGUGCCCUGAUAGAUAUGUAG